CACACACGUGACCUUCCUGUUUUCAACCAGUUUAACGCAUGUAGUUAAAAGACAGGCCACCACCAUGGACCAGCACAAGCACCAAUAACACAUUAUACAUGCCAGCAAGGUAAGAUCGGGACUCGGAUCGCCCACUGGACGUGGACCAUGGCGGCUGCCACGAGCACCAGCAACACAUCCACAGCCACGCUUCAGAUCAAGCACUCGAGUGUCGAGCAUACGCGGAAACGCAUAGACCCGAGGAGGAGGCAAGCGGCGCUGUCUUUUCUCAGCAACAUUUCUUUAGAUGGUCGACCCGUGCAGAGCGAUGCGGACGAGCAAAGUGGAGAGGAGGGCUCGCUGGAGCCGAGGACUAGACACAGCCUGGUUUCCCCGGAGCGCUCGGCGUGCGGAGCCGCUGCCGCCGCCGGAGCUGCGACUGCUGCCGCGGCUGCUGCAGCCGCUGCUGCGGCGGCGGCGACCACUGCCGCACAGGCGCUCGCGUUUGCAAACCAGGCUCUCCUCACCAGCACUCGGGCCAGUUUCGGGACGGGUGCAGACGCGGACAACGACGCUUUCGUUUCCUCGACAGUCAGCUCGCCUUUCUCCGCGAUGCCAGCCUCGAGCAGAGGGAGGCUGCAGACCUACACUCAGGGAAUCCUGCCUGCCUCCUACUCCAGACAGUCCUCCCAGAACUACUGCCCGGAGGGUGGACAGAUAGCCAACUCUGCCAUAGAGCUCCAGAGGUCCAGACGAAGACUCAUCUCUCAGCGGUCUUCGCUCGAAACGCUAGAGGACAUUGAGGAAAACGCUCCUCUCCGCAGAUGUCGAACCUUAUCUGGUUCCCCCCGACCAAAGAGCUUUAAGAAAGUCCACUUCAUAAAGAACAUAAGGCAACAUGAUAUGCGCAAUGGAAGGAUAGUCCUUAUCAGUGGCAGAAGAUCCUUCUAUAGUGUUUUUUCUGUCCUGCCCUAUCGAGAUUGUAGCCAAGCAGGGGAUGUCAAGCUGGAAGGAGGGCGCCAGCGACAUCCAUCAGGAAGCAUCAGUGCCAAGGAGAUGGUGAUCGGGCUGGAAGGAGUGGAGUUGGGAGCAGAUGGAAAGACUGUGUCCUACACCCAGUUCCUCUAUCCCACUAAUGUGCUGGGUGGCCGAAGGAACACCAUCGACUCCACCUCUUCCUUCUCGCAAUCUCGCAAUGCCAGCCACCGCAGCCUCAGCUUGGGCCGAGCCAACAGCAACCAGAGCAGCAUAGACACAGGGAAUGAUUUGGGGGAGUUUCGUGAGUACAACCCCAAUCUGCUGGAUGACCCUCAGUGGCCUUGUGGGAAACAUAAGAGAGUCCUCAUCUUCCCCUCGUACAUGACGACGGUCAUAGAAUACGUCAAACCAUCCGACCUCAAGAAGGACAUGAAUGAAACCUUCAAGGAGAAAUUCCCCCACAUUCGGCUCACGCUCAGCAAGAUAAGGAGCUUGAAAAGGGAGAUAAAGAAACUGGCUCAGGACGAGUGUGGCUACGAGGAACCCACAGUGGCCAUGGCUUACGUCUACUUUGAGAAACUCGUUCUUCAAGGCAAACUGAACAAACAGAAUCGCAAGCUCUGCGCCGGUGCCUGUGUCCUUCUGGCGGCCAAGAUUGGCGGCGAUCUCAAGAAACAUGAAGUCAAGCUCCUGAUCGAUAAACUGGAGGAAAGGUUCCGAGUGAACCGCAGGGAGCUGAUCGCUUUCGAGUUCCCUGUCCUGGUGGCGCUCGAGUUCAACCUGCACCUGCCCGAACAUGAGAUCAUGCCCCACUACAGACGCCUGCUGCAGACCUCCUAGCAUUAGUGACCAAUCAGGAGGACGAACACCACGGUUCUCCUCCUGAUCCGCUCCCUCUCGUCACAUCCAUCCUGUCGCCGCUCCUGACAUCUUCAAGGUACAGCCGGCCGUCACGGGCGACGCCUCCCUCCUUCCUCUCAGAGACGAGGAAUCAGCCAAAGGGACUCACAUUUUUAAAACAAUCUUUCUACCAUUGUUUUGUUUUUGUUUCAUAAUCACUACAUGGACUCAUGGUGAAAGAAAGACUUCAACUGUCUUUGAACAAGUCGUUUUUCUAGUUUUACAUUCCUUCAUUUUCACUUUGUAUAUUUUAGACUCCUCUUGUUGUAAGAGCGCUCUGAACCUGACGGUGAACAACCAUUUAUUGUUUUUUUUCUUUUCUAUGUCUUGGCAUUAAUCUCCUUCUUGUAAACUUAAGUAUGAUUGGUUGCCUCCGAUUUAAACAAAAGCCUUUUAAGUGGCUGGUUUUGGCUGGACUGUUAUGUCUCAGAGUGGCUCAUCGUUUCCCCAAGUCAUCAUCUUAAAAGUGCACUUUUUAAAUACCGGACUGGGGACAUUUUGAUUUAUUUUUCUCUCUCGCUCUCUCUUGUGUUUAUUCUCUUAUUUUCUAGCCACAACUCUCCGCAUGAUUGUUUGUACACAGGUACUUGCAAGACAAAGAUGGGACUUCCUGUUUUCACUGAAGUAUUCCGUACAUUUUCUACCAGUCGAGUGAUUACCAUGGACUUCUGGAGACCAGACCCACUUUUACCAGUGUCGUAUUUCCUGUGCUCUAUGUUAGAGUGUAUUGCUGGCACAUUUACAGUGCUGUAAUGGGGUCAAGGUGGUCGUGGCGAGGCGUUACCCACGAGUGCAAACAUGCUAUUACCCCGGUGCAGUGUGGCGCUCUUGGCUUUAGAAAGAAUGUCCUUUACCUUGAUGGAUGUGGGUUAAGACCCAGUUCCAGCACUUGUCUUCCUGCUGAAGUGUCCUUGAGCGAGUGUCCUCUUCACCUGACCCCGACCUCCGGGGACAAAUCUUAAAUGAGAUUUCAAAAAGCGUUGAACAAGAAUCAGUACUUUGAUUUGAUGUUUGAAUUAAAGAAAUACUGUGGGAACAAAAAUCUGUGCCAAGUGAAAAAAAAAACAAUGACAUCAGUAUAGUAUUUUAGUUUGUCAUGUUUCUCUUGAUUGAUUUCUUUUUCCUUCAAUUACCUUGAAAUAGACAAAUCAAGCACAUAGACCACCUACUUGAAGAUAGUGUUACAGUACAUGCUGGUAUUGAAUGUGAAACGAUCAAAAGGCUAAACCAAAUUGUAAUGAAUCAAUUCUUUUAUAUAUAUAUAUAUAUACAUAUA